ACUAGCUGCCCAGGAUCAGCGAGGCCGGCGAGCAGCUGGGGCGGGCCCGGCGGAGGCCAUGGACCGCUUCGUGUGGACCAGCGGCCUCCUGGAGAUCAACGAGACCCUGGUGAUCCAGCAGCGCGGGGUGCGCAUCUACGACGGCGAGGAGAAGAUAAAGUUUGACGCUGGGACCCUCCUUCUUAGUACCCACCGGCUGAUUUGGAGAGAUCAGAAAAAUCAUGAGUGCUGCAUGGCUGUCCCGCUCUCCCAGGUCGUGUUCAUCGAAGAGCAGGCGGCGGGAAUUGGGAAGAGUGCCAAAAUAGUGGUUCACCUUCACCCGGCUCCUGCUAACAAAGAGCCAGGCCCCUUCCAGAGCAGCAGGAACUCCUACGUCAAACUGUCCUUCAAGGAGCAUGGCCAGAUCGAGUUUUACAGGCGUUUAUCAGAGGAAAUGACGCAGAGACGGUGGGAGAACAUGCCAGCGUCCCAGUCAUUCCAGGCCAACCGAGGACCCCAGCCAGGAAGAAUAAGGGCUGUAGGAAUUGUAGGCAUUGAAAGGAAACUGGAAGAAAAAAGAAAAGAAACCGACAAAAACAUUUCCGAGGCCUUUGAAGACCUCAGCAAGCUAAUGGUCAAGGCUAAAGACAUGGUGGAGCUCUCCAAGUCCAUUGCGAAUAAGAUUAAAGACAAGCAAGGCAACAUCACAGAAGAUGAGACCAUCAGGUUCAAGUCCUAUUUGCUGAGCAUGGGAAUCGCCAACCCGGUCACCAGGGAGACCUGUGGCUCCGGCACUCAGUACCAUGUGCAGCUGGCCAGGCAGCUGGCUGGGAUGUUGCAGGCACCUCUGGAGGAACGAGGGGGCAUCAUGUCGCUCACGGAGGUGUACUGCUUAGUGAACAGAGCUCGAGGCAUGGAGUUGCUCUCGCCGGAAGACUUAGUGAAUGCGUGCAAGAUGCUGGAAGCCCUGAAAUUACCUCUCAGGCUGCGGGUGUUCGACAGCGGCGUCAUGGUCAUCGAGCUGCAGUCUCACAGGGAAGAGGAAAUGGUGGCCUCGGCCUUGGAGACGGUUUCAGAAAAGGGGUCCCUAACAUCAGAAGAGUUUGCCAAGCUGGUGGGCAUGUCUGUCCUUCUGGCAAAAGAGAGGUUGCUUCUCGCCGAGAAGAUGGGCCACCUUUGCCGGGACGACUCCGUGGAAGGCUUACGGUUUUACCCAAAUUUAUUUAUGACACAGAGCUAAGGGACUUUUGUAUUUUAAAUACUUCUCAUCCAUAUUCUUGCGUUGUGUAGAGUUUGUGUGAAAGCAAGCUAAGAAUAAACACCGACAAACUGAGAA